AUGUCUGACAUUAAGAAAUCAAGUGAUUGCAUCGAUUGGUUAGAAAAAUCGAUUGCUAACGAAUAUUUCAAUUAUUAUGAAUAUUCGGAAUUCAAUAAUUUAUGUCCGAUAGGAAGUGGUUCAUAUGGAAUUGUGGUUCGUGCUAAUUGGAAAAAUACUGAAAAUCUUUUUGCUUUAAAAACUUUCAAUCUUGAUAAAACUACGCUAAAAGAAGUUAUUAAUGAGAUAAAAUUACAAAAAAGAGUGGAUUUUCAUGAAAAUAUUUUAGGACUCUGUGGCAUUACGAGAAUAGAAGCUGAGAAAAAAUAUUCCCUAGUUUUGGAAUACGCCGAUGGUGGUACAUUAAAAACUUACUUAAAUAACCACUUUAAUGAACUUAAUUGGGAUGAUAAAUUUCAAUUAGCAUUCCAAUUAGCAAGUGCUGUAGAAUAUAUUCAUAAUUAUGAUAUUAUUCAUCGUGAUUUGAAAAGUAUUAAGAUAGCAGAUUUUGGACUAUCAAAAAAAAUUGCUGAAUCAAGCAACAUGUCAGGAAUGUUUGGUGUUGUGCCAUAUGUGGACCCAAAAAGUUUUAAUAAUAAAAAAUAUAAUAAUUGUAAUGAAGGUGAUGAAAAUUAUAAGUUAAAUAAAAAAUCUGAUGUAUAUAGUGUAGGAGUUUUGAUAUGGCAAAUCUCAAGUGGUCGUCGACCAUUUUAUGCAGAGAAUGUGGAAUAUGAUAUAAGUUUGGUCUUAGCUAUACAAGGGGGAGCGCGAGAGAAAAUUAUUGAAGGAACUCCUAUUAAAUAUAGUGAUCUAUAUACAGAAUGUUGGAAACAUGAGCCAAAUGAACGUCCAAAUAUAAAAGAUGUUGUUUUAAUUCUUAAGUCAUUAACUUUUCCUGAUCAAUAUCAUUUAUUAUUAAAAAGCAUGAUGCAGGUCAUACUUUUGAUCAAAUUCAAGAAUUAA